UCCCGACCCCUUAGUGAAAGAACUUCGACCUCUUUUAUUUGCAUUACACAAGGUGGACGAGAUAUACAAUCAGAAGGAAAUUGACGAGCCGUUUCGCUGGGAGAAAUAUGACCACCUAAAUCGGCUCAAAAGCCUCUUCGAGCAGAGGGAUACGAGUGCCCGCGGCAUAGACGAAGACAUUUAUAACGAACUUGCCAGACUAACGCUUUUAAUGCUAUGCGUGCAGGGAACAGCUUGGAAAGGGCAGUACAGCAGCUUUGUCAAUUACCUCUUCGACGAGUUCCCCAAAGCACAUAGCAUCGACUAUCGCAAAGCACACAGCAUCGACUAUCGUCACCUUCUCACGACGGUCAGUUCUCUCGAUUGGUCGAAAUGCUUCUUGGAUGCUGCCUAUAACAGCACCAGAAAUGUCUUGGAGAUUUUUCUAGCCCACAAAGCCGAUCCAAAUGCCGUGGAAAAGGACUCUAAGGCUAAAUAUGGCACCCCACUGAUUGCAGCUGUCUCUGGUGCUAGGCCCGAAAACGUCAAGUUCUUGCUGGACAACAACGCAGAUGUCAACGCCAACGCCAAGGUAGGUGACUAUGGAACUGCUCUAAUCGCAAUUUGCUCAAAAGAAAUUAUACAUCAAGGAAUACUGGAGCUUAUACUGGGCCAAUCUACCAUCAACGUCAACGUCGUCUCCUCGACUGGCAGCUACGCCACAGCAUUGAUCGCGGCAUGCGCGAAAGGCCAUUUGCAUAUAGCAAAGAUGCUUCGGGUCAAAGAAUGUAAACUUGACAUGAUGACAGACUACGGCACUCACCCCAACGCAUUAUCUGCAGCAGUUGAGGCGGAAAGCAUCCGGAGCGUGGUCUUCCUCCUGGACUUCGGCGCUACAGCCCAGCAUUGCAACAGAAAAAUAUGGAGCCCUUCAUAUAUCCCACCUUGGAAGGAAAAUGGGGCCAACAGGAAUCGGUCCUGUAUCCAGGUCACCAAACGGGAGUUGAUCUCCAGCAUCGUUUGGGGUGCCGGCGACGAAAUUAGCCAGUUGCGGGAGUUAAAGGUUAGGGGGUUUGGGUCUGAUUCGAGGGACGAAAUUGCAAAGAACAUGGCGAAAGCGUUUGGAUUCUCAACCAGAAUCCCGGCGAUUACAAAUGGAUUCUCGUGGAUCAUACAGGAGAGCACAGCAAAUAUAUUGGAAUGGUCCGAAGCCGUUCUCCUUUGGCGUCGCCUCAUUAGAUUGCUUGAUAUAAUUGAAGACGAGAACUUGACAGUUGAGGACUCGGAAUUGAUACCAUCAGAACAGAAGAAUGAUAUCUCCAGAGGCGAAUGGUAUAAGGCUUUGGAUUUUCGCCCACUACAGAGGGUUUUCUCAAUCGAGAGUGAAGGGUUAUUUAUAGAACAGGGGGUAUUCGACGAGGGAGACGACCAGGAGUUUGUUACGGAUGACGAAGAGAUAGCUGUUGAUGAGAGAGAAGAAUGUCUAAAUAGCCCUGGAGAAGAGCAGUGGUGCCACGAGGGAGAGGUAGCUGCCAAUGAUGAGAGAGGGGAAAUCCCCAAUAAUCAAGAAGAGCAGCCCGGAGAUGGACGAGCAGCAGCUCUUGAAAAGGGACAAGUAGCCGGGGGUAAUAAUAAGGAGCAAGCAGAUCUUGGCGAGCAGGAAACAAAGAUGGGGCGUUUCGCAAAGUCAUUUUGUUGCGUAUGUUCGUAAUAGCUGAUUAUCAACUAGUACUUCCACAUGACGAAGCCCAAGAGGGAAUUUCCUUCAGUGCUCUCCUCAUGUAUAAUGUCAACGCGAUUGAUUGAAUUGGUAGCACUCUAGCAGCCUAGCUGUGUCUUAUAUUGGUUUAGAGAAUAUUACUUCAACGGCUCAAUUAUAAGCAGACUCCAUCUAGCCAGUUUUUGGGGAGGGGGGUGUUGGAAAGGGUUG